CGGGGGAGAGAAGGGCUUUCGAGUGAGCGAGAUCGAGCAAUGGCGGAUGCGGAGCCGAAGGGAGUGGUGCUGCUGGACGUCUUGAAGAACACGUUCGGGCAGCGGUGCCGGAUCGCGCUGGCGGAGAAGGGAGUGGAGUACGAGUUCCGGGAGGAGAACCUGAGGGACAAGAGCCCGCUCCUGCUAAAGUCCAACCCCGUGCACAAGAGGAUCCCCGUCCUCAUCCACGACGGCAAGCCCGUGUGCGAGUCCCCCAUAAUCGUCCAGUACAUCGACGAGGCAUGGCCGCACCGCGCACCGCUGCUGCCCGCCGACCCCUACGCCCGCGCCCAGGCCCGCUUCUGGGCCGACUUCGUCGACAAGAAGUUCAGUGAAUACGGGACAAAGCUGUGUAAGCUCAAGGGCGAGGAACAGGCGGCGGCCAAGGAGGAGUUCAUCGGGAUCCUGAAGCUGCUGGAGGGCGAGCUGGGAGACAAGAAGUACUUCGGCGGCGACGCGUUCGGCUUCGUCGACAUCGCGCUCGUCCCCUUCGUGUCCUGGUUCUACACCUACGAGACCUGUGCCGGCUUCAGCAUGGAGGAGGCAGCGCCCAAGCUGGUGGCGUGGGGCAAGCGGUGCAUGGAGCGGGAGAGCGUGGCCAAGACACUGUCCGACCCCCAAAUGGUCUACGAGUUCGUGGACCGCCUCAAGAAGAGAAUCGGAGUCGAGUAGUCUACAAUAGUAGUAGUAUUGUAGACAAUCAAACAUGGUGUUUGCCUGCAUUGUUGCAGCUGCUUUGUGUGUCUGAUGGCAUUGCAGUUGCCCUCUCUGAAUAAUACAUCGUAUCUUUCUUGGUGGUGUUA